AUGAACAGCAAAGAGUCUCAGUCUGAAUUCCAACUGCAGAUACAAAAGGAGGUCCGGAUUGUUCUGGUCGGGAAGACUGGAGGUGGGAAAAGUGCAACGGGAAACACCAUUCUGGGGACAAACACUUUCAAAUCAAUGUUUUCUUUGAUUUCUCUGACAAAAGACUGUAAAAAGACAAGAGGGAAGGUGGGUGAGCAAAGUGUAGCUGUUAUUGACACCCCAGGUUUGUUUGAUACUACAUUGUCCAAUGAGGAGUCACUGAAAAGGAUUGCUAAAUGCAUCUCUUUCUCUGCACCUGGUCCCAAUGUGUUCCUGAUUGUGAUCAAGCUGGCAAGAUUCACUAAAGAGGAAAAGGAAACUGUGGAGAUAAUUCAAAGCUUCUUUGGUGACGAAGCAUCAAAAUACAGCAUGGUUCUCUUCACACACGGAGAAGUUCUUGGUGAUGAUGAUAAUGCUGGUGCAACAAUUCAAAAGGCCCUGCAUGAAAAUCCAGAUCUGAAAGGUUUACUUUCCCAAUGCAAAGGGGGAUAUCAUGUCUUUAACAACAAUGAUAAGAAUCCCUCCCAGGUCACUGAGCUGCUUGAGAAGAUAAACAAGAUGGUGACGAUGAAUGGAGGAAGCCACUACACCACUGAGAUGUUCCAGAAGGCUGAGAGAGCGAUUGAAGAGGAGAAGAACAGGAUCCUGAAAGAGAAUGAAGAGAAGAUACGCAGAGAAGAGGAGAAACUGAAGGAAGACAAAAUUAAACAAGAGGCCCGGGAGAAAGCGCUUAAAGAGGAGAAUGAGAGGAUCCUGAAAGAGAAGGAAGAGCAGAAACGCAGACAUGAGGAGGAACUGAAGAAAAUGAAACAAGAGGCUCAGGAGAAAGCGAUUAAAGAGGAGAAGAAGAGAAUCAAGAGCGAGUUGGAAGAGCAGAGAAUCAGGGAGGAGGAACUGGAGAAACUGAAACUGGAAAAAGAGGCUAAAGAUAAAGAAAUAAAGGAGAUCACUAGAUAG